AUGUUUGUUUGUUUGCGUCACUUUUUCAGCAGUAACUGGUUAGUAUUCAGGUAUGAAACUAGAUUAGUGAACUUUAUUUAUUUCGGUUAUAUGGCGCAUUUUGUUCGCCUUAUAACUGCUAUAAAUCUUAACAUGAUUUUGACGUCAGUGAAACUACAGGAUCAGGGUUCUUUAUGUGCUAAAAAAGCCUUUUCAAUCCCAUCAUAAAAAUUAUGCAGCAUGAAGCCAACAUAAAAGAUGUGAAGCACUUGAAGUGUUUCGGUGCAAGUCCUUCACAAAUGAGAUCAGUCAGCAUGCAUGAAAUUGCAAAUAGUCGUCCUUCCAUUCAGACUGACAAAAUUACAAGAUAUGCGAGCCCCAAUCGAUUUGAUGUUCGUCUUGCUCCGAGCAGUUUUUUAGAUUCCUAUAGAAUUCACAGGUAUGGAAACAAUCAUGGAGUUAAUUUUAGCAGAUCGAAACUACGUUCAACAUUGCCAACAAGCUUUUCUUCGUAUGCAGUUCCCUCGGUGAAUGAAGUCACUUGUUCUGUACAUAACUCUAAAUCCCUGGAGAUGAGUGCUAUGAGGAGUAAAAAGGAAGUUUCUGUAGAAAGCGGUGAAAAAUUCUGUGAUAAAUACAUAUCAUCCUUACGUGCCAAUGAAGCAGCUACUAGAACUUCA